AUGCCCAACAUGCUUUCAAGACUUGGAAUGGAUACAAAGGAGCUUUCCUUCACAGAUUUGAUAAAGGUCAUUUUAUGUCCCACCACCACGCCCAAGCUAUUCACAAUACCAUCCAUCAUCACCAGACAUAAACAAGACACAUUUUUCCCAAGGGAGAGCUACCAAGCUGCGCGCCUAACCAAGAUUGAAGAUAUGCUUCAAGAGUACUUGAGAAAUCAAGAUGAGAGUACAAAGAAGAUGGAGAGAAGAAUCGAUUUCAUCCAUGAGAGCCUUGGAAACAAAUCUGAAGUCCUAUUCAAGCAAGUGAUCAAGCUUGAUGAAGACAUUAAGAAGUUAAGAGAGGAUCAUGAUCGAUCUUUGACCCUAGUUAAGCUUGAUGUUGCUUCCAAAUAUCAAGAGUUGCUGAACAAGAGCAUGAGAAUUGAAGAUACUAGCUAUGGCAAUAGCAAGCAUCUUGGAUCAAUCUACAACCGCCUACAAGCCCUUGAAGGAUCAUCUCAUGCCAAUUACAAGAGAGAGAGGAGUCCAACACCCAACCACCCUCCCUUUUAUUGCAAUGCCAUCACAAGAAGAAGCACUACUCAAGUCCAUGAAGGACAAUGA